UCUUUUCUUCACUUCCUCUCGCUGCCCAGUGACAGCUCGAACACAAUACCCCCCAUAUCUUUGUUGUCCACUAUUCUAUCUACCAUUCCUGCUUGCCACUACACAGCAUCCAGCAUGUGUCCUGCUAGAAUUACAGACACCAAGGAAGCGGAGGCUUCCUUUUGGAAGAAAGCUGAUCAGCAUCUCAUGUCGACUGGUGUUCCGUUCUCGCCAGCUAUCAUAACUCGGGCACGAGGUACCAAGUUGUACGACAUUCACGACCGCCAGAUCCUAGACUUUACUUCUGGCCAAAUGAGCUCACUCUUGGGACACUCGCAUCCCGAGAUCGUGGCUGUCGUCAAGCACUAUGUUGAAAACCUCGACCAUCUUUUGAGCAACAUGAUCACACAACCCGUCGUGGAUUUGGCCGAACGUCUAGGCCGCUUACUCCCACCGCCACUCGAAAAGUCAUUUUUCCUCAACACCGGGUCCGAAACCACAGAAGCAGCGAUAAAAAUGGCCAAAUGCUACACGGGAAAUUUCGAGGUAGUGGCUUUCUCUGCUAGCUACCAUGGUCUGACUUCAGGAUCUGGAUCGGCAACUUAUUCCGCCGGUCGCAAGAACGGUGGUCCAGCAAUGCCGGGCCAACUUGCCUUCCCAGCGCCCUACGGAUACCGGUCUCCGUUCCGGAAAAGCGACGGGACAUAUGACUGGGAGACCGAGAUGGAUUUUGGAUGGUCGAUGAUUGACAGGCAAAGUGUGGGUUCCCUGGCUGCCUUCAUCAUGGAGCCUAUCCUAUCCACUGGAGGAAUACUGGAACCACCCCCAGGAUACAUCAAGCGCAUGGUUGCAGAAUGUAAGAAACGCAAUAUGCUUGUUAUCAUGGAUGAAGCGCAAACUGGUGUCGGUAGAACCGGGCAGAUGUUUGCAUUUCAGCACGACGAUAUAGUACCAGACAUACUCGCGCUUUCUAAAACACUGGGUUGCGGACUUCCAUUGGCAUCAGUCUCCACUACUGUGGAAAUCGAAAGAGGCUGUAAGGAGGCUAGUUUUCUUUGGCUGACUACCCACCUCAAUGACCCUCUGCCUGCGGCCAUAGGCAACAAGGUGCUUGAAAUAGUCGAGCGUGAUAACGUCUCCAAGAUGGCGGUGGAACGAGGAGAUCAACUGCGCGCUGGUCUAAUCAAGCUUCAAGAGAAGUACUGGUGUAUUGGGGAAGUGCGAGGUCGCGGACUAUUGCAAGGGAUCGAGAUCAUCUCCGAUGCGAAGUCGCGAGCACCAGGACCGGAACUAGGUGCAAAUGUCUCCGAGGUGGCUCUUGAUAUAGGUUUGUCAUGCAAUAUAGUGAACUUACCUGGUAUGGGUGGUGUUUUUCGAUUGGCCCCGCCUGUCACCGUAUCUGCGGAGGAAAUUGACGACGCUCUACGCAUCUUGGAUACAGCUUUCGGUCAAGUGCUGCAGGAUUAUAAUGGAAAGACCACGUCCUAUGAGGUCGAAAGCAACCCUUUGUAA